GCAAUACUUAAGCUAUGUUGUUGUUUAGCAGAAAUAGUUUAGGGUCAUGGACGUUAGUUGAUUAAAAUUUUCAUACUGAUAUAAGGUGCUACACUACAGUAAACUUGAAACCUGUUUCCUGGUUUCGUAUUCAGUGUCUUACCAGAUAUUUUAGACAUUAUUGAUUACUGACAUAGGGGUUAAGUAUAAGAUCUCAUGAAGAUGUGUGUGGGUCAUUUACAAUGCAGCCUCAUGGAGUUGAAUGUACAGCAUGCUAGGUAAAGAUUAAAACAAUGGAUGAUGAUGUCACCCGAAGUUCAGAUUCUCUACCUACAAGUGAAGAAUUUGAGUUAAUUGGUGCUUCCACUGAACCCAAACUGCACAUUGUAGGGAAUGCAAGCGAAGAAGAAUUAAAAGAGUGUCUGAAAGAAGUACUGCAAGAUAUUGAGGGCAACAUGCUGGACAUUUCGCCUGGUGCAAAAUCUGCAGAUAUACCGAAUGGAGCUGAUUUAGCCUCCCAUGAUCAGACAGUGAAAGAAUGCACGGCUAAAGAUAAAGUUAAUAUGGUGGCUGCUGAAACACCACGAUCUGAGCGAGCAGAUUCGUUGGAACAAAAUAUGAUAAUGUAUACUACUUCACCAAGUCCUUUAGAUGAAGAUUUAAUGUCAAUAUCUAUCAGCCUUGCUGAUGGAGAAUAUACGGUGUUUGACCGAAUCAUUUAUUUGGGCAGUGCAGUUAUCAGUGAUCCACGAAAUGAAGUGGAUAUACAUAAAAAUAUGUCUGUUUUAAAUGAACAAUCAGCUAAAGCUCUGCAUAUAUCUCUUUCUUUACCCGUGAAUUCAGAAGGUUACAUUAUACUAUAUGAGCCUAGCUCUUCAAACGAAAUCGCAAGUUUCCCCAUUUCUCAGAUUGUUGCGCAUAUGUCUGGAGAGCCUGGCUCAAAGGAUGCCAGUUGUUUAACUCUGGUCCAUAAAUGCAGUCAAGGCACAAUACCAGAUUCAACCAUCUUCCAAUGUCAUGUAUUCCGUUGUGAAAUUCCAGAGGCAGUUCCUAAAAUCAUGCAGUGUUUUGCAACUGCAAUGAAAAAGGUGCCUAGACUGCCAUUACCAAAAUCUGAUUCAUAUGGUAUGGAGAAAAGUAACCCAGAAUAUAUAAACAAAAAUAUAAUAACUUAUGUCUUUGAAGGAACUUUAGAAUUCAGAGAAGAUGAUACAAAGGGAGGAUAUGCUUCUUGUCCCAAAGAUAAAGAUUAUUUUAAAUUGCGCUGCAAAUUAGAAAAAAGCGUAGUUUUGACAGUACAACAAAUUUCUGAUAAUAAAGAACUUAUUAUUGACAGAUGUUUUGGACUUCUCAUAUCACCUGGUAGAAAUAUACGAAAUAGUGAUAUGCAGUUGAUUGAAAUGAUGUCCUUCACUAAGCCAGCAGCUGGAGAAAAAGUUCCUUAUGUCAUUACAGGACUAUGGGAUCCAAAUGAACCUGCUUUUGAAAUUUUAAAUAAAGAGACCCCAAAAGAUACUCGUGUCUACAUGACUGUUGCUGCUGAUCUUGUGAUUAGUGGUAUCCAAGAACCUGUGAGGUUUGUGAUUGAAACUAAAGCCAAGAUAUUCCCACCGACUGAACGAUUUUGGUAUUUUUCUAAAAGGACAUUAUAUGAACAGUUUUAUUUAAGAGUUAGAGAGAUUGAUUUAGACAUGACUGGUGAUUACACUUUGCAAGUUGUUGGUGUUACAAGCUCGACCAAACUACAAAAUAAAAAAGCUUCUAUGAAUCUUGAUUUUUCAAAUACAGCUUCAAAAUCUACCAAUGUGCCAACACCAUCUAGUCCUGAUGAUCCUGACUCUGUGUCAGAUAAUGAUGAGCCUCUUUUAAGUGGGACUGGUGAAGUUAGCAAAGAUUGUACAGAAACUCAACUUGAAGGUUGGUCAGCUGUUCUUUUAAAGUGGAGACAAAAUCUAACACAAAGACCUAAACAUUUAACUAGUCUUGUGCGAAGGGGGAUUCCAGAAGCUUUACGUGGAGAAGUUUGGCAACUACUUGCUGGUUGUCAUGACCAAAAGGAAAUUAUUGAGACUUAUAAGUCUCUCGUAAAUAAGGAUAGCACUUAUGAAAGUAUUAUCCAAAGAGAUAUCUACAGAACAUUUCCUGCUAAUGAACUCUUUAAUGAGAGAAAUGGUACUGGUCAAGAAUCUCUUUUUAAGAUAUGCAAGGCAUAUUCAUUGUAUGAUCCUGAAAUUGGUUAUUGCCAAGGAUUAUCUUUUCUUGUUGCAGCUCUUUUAUUACAUAUGCCAGAAGAAGAAGCUUUUGGUGUUUUAAUGAAAAUCAUGUUUGAUUAUCAUAUUCGAGACAUGUUUAGAAAUGCUUUCGAAGAAUUGCAUUUAAAAUUUUUUCAACUUCGAAAAUUAAUGGAGGACCAGAUGCCUGGACUGGUUUCUCAUUUUGAUGAUCUUGGAAUUGAAGUUCAUAUGUUUGCAUCUCAGUGGUUCUUGACCCUUUUUACAGCAAAGUUCCCUCUCAUUACUGUUUUUUAUAUCAUCGAUUUGUUUCUGCUAGAUGGUAUGGAUGUUAUUUUUCAAGUUGCAAUAGCUUUAUUGAUGAUGUCACAGAAGGAAUUAUUAGCUUUAGAUUUUGAGGGUGUAUUAAAGCAUUUUAGGGUCUCUUUGCCCAAAAAGUAUCGAAGUGAAGAAUCUGCAAAGCUUUUGAUUCAGAGUGCUAUCAAAAUAAAAGUUAAGAAACUAAAGAAGUAUGAGAAAGAAUAUGCAAUCUUUAAAGCACAAGAACAGCUUCAAGAAGAUCCAAUAAAAACGCUUCAGAAAGAAAAUAAAAAACUUUUGGAGACUAAUUUGCAGUUGGAUAGAGAAAAUGAUGAUCUUGCACAUGAUCUCAUUAAUAUUAAACUGCAACUUCGAAAUGAGCUAAUCAAAUCGGAAGAAAAAGUUGAAUCUCAAGCAAAGGAAUUGCAGGCAGCUACCAUUACUAUAAAUGAACUGGAAGAAGAAAAGAAAAGACUUUCUUUAGAAGUUUCCCAGUUAAAAGAAAUGUGCAGAAGAGAAUUACAGAGGUCAGAAGCUGAAAAUCUUAAAAAUGAAACCAUCAUUUCUCAGUAUAAACAGAUUUGCAAGCAACUGAAUUGCAGAUUAGAGAAAGAGCAGUUAGCUUCCAAACAAGUUCUAGAGCUAAUAAAGACUAGAACUUCAGCAUGUGACUACUGCUCCAAGUAUAUGGACACUAUUAUUCCUAAUCUUGCAAACAGUAAAUCUCAUUUGGAAUCUCUCUCAAAUACAAACACUGAUGCCAAUGCGGCAGAAUCCCAAGCUAGAGAACUAGAAUUGGAGCUCGCCCGAACAAAGUUGGCUCUUGUUGAAUCUGAAUGUAAAAAUCAAGAUCUUACCCAUCAACUGAAUGCAGCUGUGAAUGAAUUACAGAUGUCUAAAAACACAUGGUUCCAGAAAACAUUCUCCUCUAUUCGCGAUGCUACCAAGAAAGAUAAUCCUGGCUCGAAGGAUUCCAGUUGAAGUGUUCAAGGUUAUAGAAGUAACUGAAGGUUCCUUUCCCUAUAAAUAGUGUAGUUUCACUUUAGGGACCACUGAUAUUUACUUUUUUUAUUGCUUUUGUAGUCAGAAAAAAGUUAAAUUCCAGCACUAAGUUUCUUCUACAUCUAUGUAAAAAAACUUUGUACAGUUUUAUGGAUAUAUAUAUAAAUAUACAUAUUUGUUCAUUAUUUAUGUAAGUAUAUUGUGUAUAUCGUGUAAACACAUUUUAAUCAAUUAUAACUACAAUGAGGUUUGUAAAUUUCCAUAACCAUAGCUUUUGUACUCACUCGAAAGCAAAUAAAUGAAAAUCCAUUGACAUA